GGGUUGGCAUCGGGGGAGCGGAGGGGAAGCAUUUCGAGAGACUAAUAAGAGCUUUUGUCUGUCGUCUAUCUGAGGAAAAAGACCCAAACGUUGUUUUCUCAUAAGUUGACUGCGUCACGUUCACAGCAAGGAGCGACGUCCUGCUGCACGGAUCAGAGCUUUGAUUGUAGGAACUCUGACACACGCAACCUUUGCAAAAGAAAAAAAUAUAUACAUCACACUGGAAAAACUGUCAAGAGACGCAGUGAAACAUGACGACACUCCUUGACCUGAAGAGUAGUGUGCUAAGGCAGGUCCAGAGGAGCCAGUCUCUGAGGAGUCGGAGGGAGGCCCCGCCCACUGCCAGCAGUCCCCUCACACACUGUCCUCCUGAGCCCUUACCUCGCAGGAUUUCAGGGGAAAGUGCGGAGUUCUUUGAGCGUAUGAAUGCCAUCCUGCAGAAACAGGAGAACAUGAUGCGGGCAGCCCAGGCCGAGUGCCAAAGAGGGCCGUGCACAAUGCCGCCACCACAAGAGCAUGUGGACCAGGCCUUUAUAUCCGAAAGAGUCAGCAGGACAGAGCUGGAUCUGCUUUAUGAGGAAGCUGUGUACACGGUGGUCAACAGGGUUGGUGUGCCUGCUCCAGAACAUGUGAAAAGUGACGACGAGCUGUUUGCUCACCUGCUGAAGGUGUUUGACAUGGGUGAUGAGGAACAUGAGAUCAUUCUUCAGAAAGUUCAAGAAUCAAAGCGAGCCAGUUUUUCCUUGAGAGUCUCUGUUAUGAAAGCAAAGAACCUGAUGGCCAAGGAUGCAAAUGGGUACAGUGACCCCUACUGCAUGCUGGGAAUCCUGGUGGGUCAGAGCCCCCGAGAAACUGAAGAGAAGAAGGAGAGAAAGUUCAGCUUCAGAAAGAGGAGGGAAAAGCUGGAGAAACGCUCUAGCACCAAAGAAGUCUUACCUGCCAGAUGCAUUCAGGUGACCGAAGUCAAGCCAGAGACUCUAAACCCAGCGUGGGAUGAACACUUUGUGUUUGAAAUAGACGAUGUUCACAAUGACCUCUUGCAUCUGGACAUAUGGGAUCAUGAUGAUGAUGUAUCUGUUGCAGAGGCCUGCAAAAAGCUCAAUGAAGUCAGUGGGCUUCGAGGAAUGGGCAGGUAUUUUAAGCAAAUAGCAAAGUCGGUGCGUUCCAACGGCUCCUCAUCAUCGGGGUCUGAGGAGAACGUUGACGACUUCCUCGGAUGCAUCAACAUUCCUUUGAAUGAAAUUCCUGUUGCUGGAUAUGACACCUGGUUUAAGCUGGAGCCGCGGUCAAGUGCAUCUAAAGUUCAGGGAGAAUGUCACCUCAUUCUGAAAGUCUUCACUAGCCAGAGAGACACAACUUUAUCAAAGAGGGACACAAACGUCUCCAUUCACAAGAAACUUCUGAGUGAGAUUGUGGAGUACGAGCAUGCUCAAGUUAAGAGAGAGCCAUACAACUGGAAUGGACAGGUUUCUCCUCCAGCAUGGACUGUGCUAACUCACCAUGCUGUGCAAACUGAUCUCUCACCUCUGCAGCAGGCUAUUGUGCGCUGGCAGUGCUACAGCAACCAUCAUCGGAACCAGAGGCUGUGCUACUCCCUGCUGCUGCGCCUCCUGAGGACCAUCGAUGCAGAGUGGGACCCUCCCACCGUGAGGGGAGACCUGGAGAGGCAGCUAUCAGACAGCUUCAGACUGUACACAGAGCACUGCCUGUGCCUGAUGAAGAACAUGCGUCAGGUUUUCCCCUGCACAAGCGCUGCUGCCAUUACACGCUACGAGCUCAUGCUGAGGGGGAUUGGCUACAUGCAAAACAUGAGGGCAUUUAAGACUGUUUGUCCUCUCCGAAAUGAGCUUCAUUUGGACAUCACCACUGCUGUCAAGAAAGGAACGUCUGAGUGGUAUGAAAGCUUGAUUGCCCAGUACAAACCAGAGGAAGGGUCUCUGGAGGAACAGCUGAAAAAAAUGGUUCAGGUGAUUGAUGCCGUUUGUGCAGACGUUCAGAGAGGCCAAAACAUCUACAACAAACUCUUCUACAGUGCUGUGAAAGUAGAUUACUUCAGCAUAUCAUACAGGCAGCUGGAAAAACAGGUAGCAGAUGAUGUAAAUGUAGCGAUGGAGCGGGUCUGUGGCACUCUGGAGCAGGAGAGCUCCAGACUGACUCAGACUAUGGGGGAAACCAUCUUCGAACUCUUCAUGUCUUUGAAGAUCCUCAAGGGCUUUCGAGAGUUUCUUCCCCUCAAAGACGCCAAAAUGUUGGCCCUGACAGGCUUUCAUAACUGGUUCAAGUCGUCGAUCCAUAAGUUCCUGCAGAUUGUCCAUGACAGGUCCUGCGACCGAAUCCGCAAAGCCGUGGAAACGGAUCAGCUUCAGCCUGUGCAACAAGCCAAACACAGUUGCUCAGCAGUGGAAGUGACAGCUUGCUUCAGCCAGGUACGUGAGAUCUGGCUCCAGCUGUCCUGGCCAGACUCUGCGGGGGCCUUCAUCUUUGUCACUCGUCUGACAGACAACUUCUGCAGUGAAGCUGUUUGCUACUCGGAGAUGAUGACGCGCAAGAUCGAGAGGAACCAGCUGGCCCGAGAUCACAAGAAUUUCACAGUGCAGCUCUGCAUCGGCCUGAACAACGUGGAGCACGUGCGUGCUUUCCUGGCUCACCUGCCUCGAGACCUGGACUGGCCCGGCGUGGAGCGGGCCAUGGAGGAGUCGUGUGGCGCGGAGGGGAAAGAGCAGGUCUACAAAGCCCUCAACGGGCAGCUGUUCAACAUGGACCUGGACCUGCAAAGGGAAGCCAAGCGCCUAAUCACGGUGCUCACCGACAAGAUGCUGCCUGAACUGCGGCGGUACAUUCAGCACAUCAGCUUGUCUCCAGACUCCAUCAACAACGACGACGCGGUUUCCCCCCUCAUGAAGUACCUUCAAGACACGAUGGUCAUCCUGACGGCAAACCUUGUUAAGGAAAAUCAUACCAGAGUCCUGCAGAGCAUGUGGGAGCUGCUCCUGCGAAUGAUCCUGGACGCGGUCACAGAAAACAGGGGUGUUCAGGUGGAGUUCUACAACCGCUUCCAGUACACAGUUGAGACCCUGUUGCAGUUCUUCCACGUUAAGGGUGACGGUCUGGCCUUGGAAGACAUGAAAAGCGGAGACUACAAGAUCUUGGAUGAAGAGCUCAGGCUAAACAAAUGUUCCUCCUUUGAUCUGAUCGAGCAGUACUACCUGGAGAAGAUUUCCCUCCAGAAAACACUCAAGCAUACGCCUUACGGUCGAAUCAGUGUGAAAUGCUACUACGACCCUCCAGAGCAGAGACUCACAGUGGAGAUUCUGCACGCUGCGGACAUUAUCGCAUUGGAUGCCAAUGGUCUUAGUGAUCCUUUUGUGAUUGUGGAGCUCUGUCCUCAUCACCUCUUUCCUGCAGCCAAGAGUCAACGCACUCAAGUGAAGCUAAAGACGCUGCAUCCAGUAUUCGAUGAACUGUUUUAUUUUCAUGUCAGUCCUGAACAGUACAGGCACAGGUACGCCUGUUUGACCUUCAUUGUGAUGGACUACGACUGGCUGUCUACCAAUGACUUUGCCGGAGAAGCCGUCGCUCCGCUCAGCGACUUCUGCUGGCCGGGGAGACCAAACGCGUCGGCCGCCGGAAAGAAUGUCCAGCCCGUCAUUCUGCACUUGUCCCGCAGCAAACCCAGUGAAAAGCCAAUCAUGAGGAUGCUGGAUGCUCGCACCGGAGACAGGGAGGCUCAGGAGUUCGUCCGCAGGCUGAAGGAGAUCGAGAAGUCGAUGGAGGAGGACUGAGAGCUGUUAGUAUUGGUUGUAUUCAUGUUUUUCUGAUCACAUCUUGCGACACGUGCUUUUGUACUUGUAACAAUGUUUACAAUAUUUACCCUUUCUUUUCCGAUGUAUUGUUGGCUCGGUAAUUAUACCAAAAUGAAAAGAGCACGAGGAUGUUUUCUUACUGGAAGACGAACAUCCGGUCACUGUGCAACUCUAUGCUGUCUCAGCUUAACUAUAUUUUAGAAGUCAAUGGAUAGUUGAUACUGAAUGUUACUAGUCUAUAUUUUUUGUAAUGGAGUAAUUGUUAUGUUCGUUGUAUAAUAUUUGAUAUGAUAGAUUUAACAUUUAAAAAGAAUAUUUUGUGGAAGUAGCCGACAUAUAGCUCUAAGUCUUAAGUCUAAAUCUAUACCUCAGAUAUGCUUAUUGGUUACAGAGGUGUUUUGACGGGGGUUGUUCCCAGGUAAUGUGGAGUUCAGUUGGAUGGAAGCUUAUUUAGUGUGUUCACCUGCUACAGCAUCCAUCAUGAUUAGUGGCACCCCUGGAAAGGAUGUGUUAAUCUGUAGGGGGUUUGAUUUGUUUAAUUAUUGCUCUUUCUAAAGAUAUGGGGAAAUUUACACCAAGUAAUCUGUUUCCUCUACGACUAAAAUCACCACACAUCUGUUCAACCUGCAUGCCGACUCUCUUGUUUUUCUCGCUACAAAUUGUGGUAAGAAGAAGAAAAUCUAUAUGUCACAUCCAAUGAAAGCAAGAUAUUGCUUGGCAUGCAAAUCCACCAAAAAGCAUUAAGUAUAAAUCGCAAAAAUAAUUGAAGUACAUAUAUUUUUUAUGGUGAAGUAAAAAUUACAAAUAAAAGGAGGAAAAUAAUGCCAUGGAGGAGUAAGUUUCCACAGAGAUCUUUGUGAGAUCAAUUUCACAUAUUUACAAGAAAAUACUUAGAUAUUCUCUGAUGUUGAAAACCUCAGAGUUGUUUAUUUCUUAAAAGAUUUGGACACUGUAAUGUCAGUAAAUAUUUUCUUUAAAUAUUUUAUCCAAGUUUUUGUUUUUUUUCUUGAAAAUUUGCCAAUAACUCCCCCGUGGCCAAUUAUUUUAUGAAAUCUUAAUGUUCAUAGGUAUUGUUAGUGCAAAAAACUGUGCCACAUUUUAUGUUAUUAAAAGGUAGGCUUGCGAUUUUAUUUUAUUUUGGGGCUUGUUGCAAAUCUCAGGGGUGCCAUUAAUUGUGGAAAGUGCUGGAUUAUUUAUUCUUUGAAGCUUCUUAAUAUAAACAUAAUAAGACGUUAAUUGUAAGAAUGCAAUUUUAGGUAGUCUGAAAUUUUAAGCUUGUGGGCCAGUGAGAGGUCUGCAGCAACGAGGUCUAACAUUUCCUCGCACACAAGCCACUGCGUGGUUUCAUUUAACUUUUAGUCACCUUGCAUUAACACGAAAGGUCACCGAAGAAACCAAUGACAAGAGACUUCAGUGUUAUGAAAACUUAGUCACCUACCUUUUUCUUUUUUCCUGUUUGCACAAGCGCGACAGGUUAACUGAAAGCUGUUUUAUGUUUAUUCAAAGAUUUAAUGUAAAGAAUAUCUAACCUGACUCUCAGCUAAUUAAUAAAAAAACUUGAUAAAAAACUUGCCGAGUUAUAUAAAGUGACCCAGUGAGUUCAGAUUAUUUCAAGAAUAUUUUAUUUUGUUCAGAAUUGAACAAAUUAAUGAGCAGAUGAAUCUAAAGAGUUCAGGGAAUUCAUUUCUAGGACUGUCCUCCACUUUCUCUUUUUGUCCUUCACAUUUUUAUUCUGAUGGAGGCCAAAAAAUACCGCGUCCUCGUUUCAGAAGUGCCAGCAUUUCAGAAACAUUUUAAAAGGAAAACCAGGCUAAUUGGUUUGGAUUCGCACAUGUGGUGUUCAGAAUCCACCAGAAAACGACUCCAGGCGUCACAACGCCCGGGAUGUGAAAGCUUUAAAUCCGCGAAGGCCUUCGUUGAUGUUUUAAAUAUGAAUCUGUUCCACGGUUUGACGUUUUCUCCCUCAAGGUGAAUAGAAGUGAGGAUAAUGACAUGUGCAGUGGUAUAAUUGCACUUGAGGGGAAAGGAAAGUCCUACCCUCUGCAGCAGCUCUCACCGGCCUGACAAGCAGAAUUAAGCUUGAGCUCCCAAAGCUCUGUGAGUGUAGCUGGAAGACUGGGACCUUAAUGCUGCUGCAAAAAAGAUGAGGGUCACAUUUUGACCUGGACUCCAACCACUUUACCUUGUGAAAAAGAAAUUCCUAUUACUUGGUUAUGCAAAAAUAAAGAGCAUUGAACAGGCUUCAAAAAGCACAAAAUAUCCACGUCCGACUCUCAGUGUUGCUAUAGCAAGUCAAGAGAUAGUUAAGUAAAUAUUGAUUAGAUUAAUCCUAGCUUAGUUUAAAACGUCUCAACACAUAAGUUUACAUUAUUAAAGGGAUUAUGGAUUUAAAAAAUAAUAAUAAUAACGCACAAAUGGGCAAAUUUGCUGGUACUUUUAGUAAAGACGUGUUAAAAUCCUUAAAAUAAAUCUCUUCUUGCAGCCACAUGAUCUCACACUGAAAAGAAAAAUGCUACUAGCGCCGCUAGAACAGUACCUGGUUUUCUACUGAAACAUUUAUCAAGGUUGGAGUGCAGAGAGAGUAAUCUUGGGCAAUUUCUCUGUGGAGAAUCUCUCCAAAUUAUCCAAAGUCUCAUGGUGUAAUCCGCACACAGGUUUUUCGCAAGAUUUAGGUCUGAGAUGCUCAUGACAGCAUUUUGUCCGCUGAACCAUUUCCGCCUUUAUUUUAGUGUAUGAUUUUGGAUCAUUAUGAAAUAAAGAACUAUAAUCAAUUUUGAUUUCAACAUGUUUUUAGUCAAAAUUUUACUGUGGUUCCAAGUGUCCAUGAUGGUCUAUUAUAUGUUGUGUGCUACGCCACAUUUUUCCCUUUGUUUAAGCCCAAAUGUACCUGUGUAGAUUGUUUUAGGAAAGCCGAUCAGAACAAAGUUCAUGACGCCGUAAAACGCUAGAAAAGUUCAUUAAAUGUCACAAUUUUGCGAUGUCAGUUGUCAUAUUAAUUUCACCCUCAAUGAAAUUAUCAGCAAGAGCUUUUGUGCUUGGUGAGGAUUAUUUCAUGUAACACUUUUUCCCUACAAAUGUUCCACUCUAAAACAUAAAGGCUUUCUGAAAGUAAACCUACAUCCCCCCCCCCCCCAAAAAAAAGAAGUAAUGUUAUAACAAAGAUACAACUGGUUGGAUUUUUUGAAAAUUGUAUUUUAAAAAAUUGCCACAUCUUGAACACGACUUUAUUUUGGGGAUUUUCAAAGUCUUCUACAGGAGUGCCAGCUAAUAACAAAUAAGAACUUUUGCCCAUUCAGGCUUUUGGGAGUUGUUGAUGCAUAUAAAAUUGUUCUUUUAUCACAAUUUCAAAACAGUCACUAAGUUGUAGUAAAGAAAGUGUAGCAGGUUCACCAAAAUCCUCACACCGACAGCAUUUUGACAGUGACGUAACUUUUUAGUAGCUGCUUGUGUGGUGCUUCGCUGUAACCCUGUGAAGUUGUGAGGAUAAUGCACUCAGAAAAAAAUAAUAGAAAAAAAAUUUUUAAUGCCUAAAAGAAAAACACGUUUUGCAUUAAAGGUUUUUUUUAAAGGGUGUUCAGGAAGUCUGCUUUCUUACAGGUGCAGGGAGUCAUUUAGUGUGUCUGAACAGCAUUUGCUUUUAUGUUUGUUUAGUUUUGAGAUGUGGCAUUUAGUUACCCCCUGGAAGACAAGCACAGCUUAUUAAGGUAAUAGUUGAAUAGCUAACAGUGUUUGAUUGGCAUUCUUCCUCAAACACUUUAAUUUAUUACCAACAAAUGUUUACAAAAAAACAACACAACCUCAUUUUUUGAGUAUAAACAAACAUUAAAAUUUAGAUUAGGGUCAUGACAUAGUCAUUUAUAUCUUUAUAAAGACAGUGUUAAGGGAGGUAGUUUUAAAUUCAGGGUCCUAUCUUUGGAAUAAUAAUAAUAAUAAUAAUUUGUUAGUAUUCAGUCACAGUAAGCUAGUUGUGUUUUUCUGACCAGCAUAAAGAAGGGGUGAAACAUAAGUUUUAAAAAAAAAACAUGUUUUACACAUGCACAAAUUACAGCAAUUUAAUUUAAUUUCUCCCCGCAUAAUGAAUUGUUUAAUUUUGAGGAUUUUAGAGAUUAAAGCUAGUAAAAACUGUCUAAAGUGGCAAAAAAAACAAAAAACUUUGUUAUUGUUAUUGUUAAAGUGAAUCAUUUGUCAUUGAAUUGUAAAUGCCUGUGUUGCUGUUUAUUAGAUAAUAACUUUAGAAAAUGUCCAUGACCCAAUAAAGACUGUAUUUAAAUUUCA